AAGGGGCUUUGGGGGGGGGCUGUUCUGUCCACCAUGGCGGACCCUCUACCUCAUGGGUUGGUCUCAAACACCGACCAUGUAAGCUCUGAUCUGAAAAGUGCGGAGUAUGUUGAGAUCGAAGAUGUCGCCAAGCUGUGGCGAGUUUAUACAACCAACAAGACUACAUUAAAAAAAGGAGCGGGAAAACGGCUGGAAAACUUGUUCUGGAGAAUCUGGAGUAACGGGCGCAUAAGUUCCAACAUCAGCGGAUCGACCUUGGCCCACCUCUUUAUUCAAAUGACAAAUGAGACUCCACUGUGGACUCGGGAUAAAGAAGAAUUAGGUUCUAUUUCAAGGAACUCGCCUUCAACGUUUCCGCGGCUUGCAACAGACUCGGCGUCUGCCUGCAAGGACAGCUCCAGGACACAGCUUUCUGGCAAUGAAUCCAAGAGUCCCAGCCGGACAAGUCUUCCGCCAUCUAUUCUCAAAAAGCCUUCAAGGUCAUCAUCACAACAUCGUCGCAAAAGUACUCGCUUUGCAUUUGAAGAACUUCAAAAUGCCAGGGAACAAGGCGAUACUUGGAGAGAGUUUCGUUCAUCACCGCGUUGGGCAGAAAUGCCAUGCAGCGAGAGGUUUAAUCCGAGAUCUAGAUCCUAUGUUCCGAAUCCCAGCCCAGCUCUCUUUCAGCCUGUUCCGGGUAUGCGAAAGUCAGCAGUAAUUUCGGACAAUAGCAUAUUCGAUGAAAGAUACCUGCGCCUCGCUUCAGCUUUCGAUGGUGAAAUUCGUACUCGGAAAUUAACCCUGGAAGCCCUUUCUCCAACCUCCAGGAGUGCAAUAAAACCAAAACCGCCACUCAUAAUCCCUCCACUCGCAGACACCACGUGUGACCAACCGCUGGAUAAUACAUCACCGCACAACUCUCCGGCGAGCACGCCAUCCACAGAAACCCAGCUCACUCCCAGGCCUAUCCUUCAACGAGCGCCGCCGUGCCCAAAACCACCACGACCUGCCGAACCUCAUCCAACAACCCCAUUAGUCGAUAAGAAUUUUCGGGCCCGUUUUGUCGAACGACAACCCCGCGAAUCACCCGUCUCUUCUCUAACCACAUUAAUUUCCUCGGAGGAACCUCUAUCCUUGCCUGGAUCCCCCGCAGCCACCGAUCCAACUGACUUCAUAAUCCAGCCUUCGCAGACCUCUCGUAUGAGAGAUUCUCCUCGCGCAGAAAUGGUACUCGGUCAACCACCAGAAGUAUCGCUCUCCAGGACGCUCUCAGGCUCUCCACCGGCCCCUAUUUCGCGUAGUGGGUCACGACUUUCAGCCCGACAUGGACAAGACAGUCAGCUGAGCAAAUUGAUCGAGGAAAAAUGCAAGGAAUGAUGAAUUCUCAACCUUUGAGCAACAGGCCCUAGCACAUAACAAAUAGCAAUAAUGACCGUGACGAAGCAGCAAGAUAAAGACUGAAGGGAACCAUGAAAAAAAGAUCACAGAUGUUUUUGUUUCUUUUUUUUAACAAAAACAAAAAAAGAGACAAAGCUAAAUAAACUACCUGAAAAAAUAAGAAAAUGGAGAGAAAAUGAUAGAAGAUAUGAACCAAGGAAAACAAGUAUCCUUGUCUCACCUUCAGAUACAUGUGGAAAGGGGUGGAAGUGAUGAUGAGAUUGAACUCCUGAAACCCUUAUCAAGUAGUUUGUCCUAUGUAGAACUACAUGAAUACAAAAAUGAUAUUAAAGGAGGUUUAACUAUUCCUUUUGGUGUAUCACUAUU